UAGACUGGCAACAGAUGAAACGGCACGCUCAAAUACGACGGUUCAACUGUUGCUCAGCUUUAUCUGAACAGUAGACAAGUUAGGCACUUUUUUCUUUUUCUUUUUUUUAAUCUUUUCCACAGGAAAAAAAAAAACGUUUUCACGUUCUGGACACCAGCAGAAUAGAGCGAAGUGCUACACUUUGUACCAAAUGCAAUGAGACUAGGAAAAGAAAAGAGCAAAAUCAUUCCAUCUUUUCUAUCUUUAUCGACAGCAGCCACCAUUCAUCUUCCCACUUAAUCCUCAAUGACUUCCUACUUGAAAAGAGAAGCUCCACAAUGUCAGUCUCCAUAUAAAGAUCUCAACAUUUUUCAGUUUUCGUGCUCACUCAUUCAUGGCUCUUACCAAGAUCAGCAAUGCCUCUUACACUCAUCAUAAGCCAUUUGCUUCUCCUCCUUUCCUUCCACCACUUUACAUUCUCUCUGGGCUACUGUCAAAACCACCACUGCAGCCACCAUGAUGAUCUGUUUACCGAUAGAGCAGCUCUCCUUGCAUUCAAGGCCAGCACCUUCUCUGAAACAAACGUUUUGUCCAAUUGGACAUUCACAGAUGACCAAGAUGCUUCAUCAAUCUGUAAUUGGAUUGGUGUCACUUGUCAGGACAUCAUGCUUCGGAAAAGAGUUGUUAACCUCACACUGAAUCGCAAAGGUCUGCGGGGCACCAUCUCGCCCUUGAUCUCCAACCUCUCUGCCCUUGUCACCCUUGUUCUCUCUGAGAAUGAACUUCAUGGCGUCAUCCCUUACCCCAUGUCUGACCUCAAAAGUCUGAAGCAACUUAGCCUUGAAGGCAACCAGCUCCAGCACCGAGUUCCUGAUCUCUCCAGCCUGUCUGGCCUCACCUACAUAUCUCUGGCUAACAACCAUUUCUCAGGGGAGAUACCCCGAUUUCUGUUUCGUAAUUGCACUCGCUUGCAGUAUUUAGACCUCUCAGGAAACAAAUUCCAUGGCACCAUCCCGCCGGAAAUUGGGAACAGCUUACCGGUGUUGGCGAAUCUCAAUUUGUAUGACAACCUCUUAACUGGAGAACUUCCUGCCUCCUUGAGGAAUUGUACUUGUCUCAAUGGGUUGGAUAUUGAGAACAAUGACUUCUGUGGGGAGUUGUCAGCAGAUAUGUUCUGUAGAGCUAGGAGCCUUGAAUAUCUGCAUCUGUCUUACAACAAUUUUAGAAGCAGCGAGAAAAAUACCAAUCUCGCUCCGUUCUUUACCGGACUCAGGAAGUGCGUCAACCUCAGAGAAUUGGAGCUAACUGGCAUCGGAUUCCGGGGCGAACUUCCGGCUACUAUUGGUCUCCUUCUUCCAAUUUCUCUAACUCAACUCCAGCUAGGCGAGAACCAGUUGACAGGAGAGCUGUCUCCUAGCAUAUCAAUGCUCACCAACCUGACACUGUUGAACUUGUCAAGUAACCUGCUUCAUGGAGCGAUUCCUAAAGAAAUUGGCGCAAUGGAAAACCUAGAAAGGCUGCUUUUGUCUGACAAUAACUUCACUGGCACAAUUCCGGAGACAAUGGGAGCGAUGAAACAUCUUGGCCUGCUGGAUUUGUCUAGAAACAUGCUUACGGGGGAGAUUCCAGAAGCUCUGUCAAAUCUAACACAGUUAAGGAUGCUCUACCUUCAUGGGAAUCAACUGUCAGGACCAAUACCUGCAACUCUUGGCAAGUGUGUGAACUUGGAGACCUUGGACUUGUCCCGUAACAGGCUUACUGGAGGGAUUCCACUGGAGGUUCGAGGAUUGAACGAGCUAAAGAUAUACUUAAAUCUCUCCCACAACCUUCUGGACGGGCCUAUUCCUGUUGAGAUCAGCAAGAUGGACAAGGUCCAAGAGAUUGAUCUAUCAUACAAUAAUCUCUCCGGCAAUAUAAUUUCACAGUUGGCGUACUGUGUAGGAGCUCAAUCAAUCAAUUUUUCUCACAAUUUGCUAGAUGGUCCAAUCCCAGCGUCUAUCGGCACAAUGCAGAAUCUCCUCUCCUUAGAUCUGUCUUUCAAUCUCUUGACCGGUGACAUACCAGUUUCUCUACAGAAGUGCACAAGCCUACGGCUAUUGAAUGUCUCCUAUAACAACCUCACAAACAUGGUGCCAAGCGGUGGUCCGUUUGAAUCACUAGAUAUUACCUCAUUUCUUCACAACCCUCUGCUCUGUGGAUCGAUCUCAGGGCUACUGCGUUGCCCAAAGAACAAACGACAGGAUUUCCCCUUUCUCAGCAAGAAAAUUUUUGCUCUAAUGCUGGCCACAUCUGCUUCUGCAACGUUCUUCGUGACGACAAUUUGUUGUUCUGUUUGCUGUUCUUUGCUGAAGAAGGCUGUCUUCAUAGCAAGAGACAGAAUUGAAGUCGGGUGUAACUUACCACAGCCACUGGAGUCAAAAUAUCCAAGAAUUACUUAUGCUGAAAUUUUAGAAGCAACCAGCUCCUUUGAUUCAAGGAGAUUGAUUGGAACAGGGAGUUAUGGAGAGGUUUACAGAGCAGAGUUGAAGGAUGGAAGAGAAGUAGCUAUAAAGGUCUUGAAGACGCAAGGUAAGAACUCGAGCAAGAGUUUUAACAGGGAGUGCCAAGUCCUAAGGAAUAUCAGACACAGGAAUCUGAUGAGGAUAAUUACAGCUUGUAGCCAGCCUGAUUUCAAGGCUUUGGUUCUUCCCUUCAUGGCUAAAGGGAAUUUGGAGAGUCAUCUGCAUCCAAGCUCAGACUUGAGCUUGAUACAGAGAGUGAAUAUAUGCAGUGACGUAGCAGAGGGCAUAGCCUACUUGCACCAUCAUUCCCCUGUUAAGGUCAUCCACUGUGACCUGAAGCCCAGCAACAUCCUUCUCAACGAUGAAAUGACUGCCCUUGUAUCUGAUUUUGGCAUCGCUAGGUUGAUCACGAGCAUCGGAGAAGGAGCCGCCACCACAUCAGAUACCUUGCCGAAUUCCACAGCCAAUUUUGUCAUAGGCUCUCUUGGCUAUAUUCCCCCAGAGUAUGGUAUGGGCAAGGGUGCGGCCACGAAGGGGGAUGUGUUCAGCUUCGGGAUCUUGGUGCUGGAGGUGGUGACCAGAAGGAAGCCCACGGACGAGAUGUUCUCCGGCGGGCUGAGCCUUCAAGAGUGGGUGAAGCGGCACCACUACCACGGCCUCAUCGAGGACGUGCUGGACCCAGCACUACUGUCAACAGGAGGGUUCGAGAGUCUGCACGGGCACCAUCAUGGUGACCCCCAGCAACGAAAAGCCCACAAUUGCAGGAGGACGUGGGAAUGUGGCGUUAUGGAGCUGAUGGAGCUAGGCCUCCUCUGCACCCAACAUUCUCCAGCAGCUCGCCCCACCAUGAUGGACGCCGCCGACGAUCUGGAGCGGCUCAAGCGCUAUCUUGCUGGAGACGCCAGCAUCAGCUUCGCCUCUUCCCACUGCAUCUCCUCCACCUCCUCCUCCUCCACCAUCUGCUAGAAAGGGUCCGGAGGGGGACAGUCCUUUUGUAGUUCUGUUGUUGUUGGAAGUGGUGGGCACAAUGCAUAUUUUUAGAAAUGCUCAUCGAACAUUAAUCGGAUUUCGUUCUGUAGAUCACUUUCCGAUGUGGGUCUUCUUCCAUCUCCGUGAUUCUUGUCUCGUUGGCUUUUGCAUUGGGUACGUAGCAAAAGUGCCGGGCUCGCUUGGUUUCUUCCUGUACUGAAUCUGAGUUGACCUUCGUAUACAAAAGUGGCUAGGCAGAGGGAGUGCACGUUGCGAGAGAAUAGCUUUGAACACUGUUGCAGUGACCUUGUGGCUGAAAAGCGAAAUCUAACAAAUAUGUUUGUCUCAUUAGAUUUGCUUCCUC